GCCCACAUUAGGUCAUUUGAGAAGACAAUUUUUGACGUGAUCCAAAUCUUUACCUUCUGUAGUGCCAAGUAGACGUAAGAAACCGGGCUUGUAUUGGAUAGAGCACAUGAUCUGGCUGUUGUAUCUAAAUUAUGCUUCUGGUGAUUGCGAUCACGUCUUCACUUCCUUAAUAAGCGCAUCGCUGAAAGAUGCCAGAGAGCGACUGGGCAACUCAGAAAUGUCCACCGGCAGAAUUUGCCGCACACCAAGUCGAGGACAUCCAAAUGAUUGUUGCCUUGAUCGCCGCCGGCGGACCAUACAACAAAGGUUCCGAGGCCAAGGAUGUCACUGUCGUUGCAGAUAUAUUAGGCAUAGCAUUGCCAAAUCCACGCCACAUCCCAUUUGACACCGAGGAUCCAAAAUACGACGAAGCUCUUCUGACUAUGAUGAAACCCCUAUACCUCAUGACAGUCAGCGCGAUACUGCAGUUCAGUACCGCUUCACCCAUUUCAGAACGGCACAAAUGCCUACACACAGAAGGAUGCGUCAUGUGGUUUGAGCAUACCAACUUCGGCGGAGCUUCCUGGACAGUCUACCCAAAUACCCAUGGGUACUCACACUGCACCACUUUGCAGAACAAUUGGCAGUUUCGAAUCAGGUCUAUCGUUGUAGGCAGGAAAACGUCCUGUAGAUUUCACACCAAGACGGGCUGUAGAGUCGGUGGCGGAUCUACCCAGAUCACGGCAGAGGAGAAAGCGAGCAUCCACCAGUAUGUGGAUAGGAGAAUCCUGAGUUUUCUGUGCUUUUCGGGCCAUGACUUGAAUUAUGGUACUGGCGAUAAUAUGGAUGUCUCCAACUUGACAUCAACCGAAACCCGUCCGGCCGGUAGGGGAGUCUGA